GGUGCAGGCGAAGUUUUUUCAUGUGUUCCUGGAGGAUUCUUCUUGUGGCAAGCGCUUUCCCAUCCUCCAACAUCUCAGGCCUGGAUAAUGACCUUCGCCUGCAUCUGUAUUGCUGCAAAGGACCCGACUUUGUUCUUUUUUAUGAUUUUGUUCUUAGUAUUCUGUGGUAGGCAGAAUACUGGGCAGUCGCUUGAGGAGGCCGCCGACAGCAAAGGGAAGCCACAGGCGGGGCCCGGUCGACCUGCUGGCGCUGCCGCAGCCUCGCAACCUCCCCGACUGCCGCGUGAGCCCUUGCCACCUGCGUUAGGAAGUGAUACCCAUGCAAGGCCACGGAGUCCGAUAAGCUCUUCGCGCCGCCACCCGGGACGCUGGCCUGGGCGCACAAGCUCCGAGAGCGCCCCACGCUGCGAAAGACUUGGAGCCCCGGCUUUGCCUGCCGCCCACCUCCCAGGAUGCCCUGCAGAUCCACCCGGCCUGCCCUCGCCUGCCCCCUCUCCAGGCGACACCCCGGUGGCACAGAAGCCCGAGGCUUUCGUGCACGUCGCGCAGGUAUUGGGGUGCAGGAGUGCCUGGACCGGCCGCUGCGGGACCGGCCGCUGCUGGGAGGACCUGCCGCGCAGUCUGCAGAAAACCGGGCGGUGUCGCCCGCUCCAGACCCUCCAUGCUGCAGAGCCUGUCUGGGGUCACUUCAAUGGGCCCUUGCAGGGCCGUUCUUUCCUGCACUUGGACUGGUCUGCCUGGGGUCCCCCGGGAAGCUUCGGGCCCCAGAUACAGGCAGGACCUCCAGCCGCGCCUUUGUCUUCUUUCUCUUGGUGCAUUAGACAGCAUAGGACGCUUCCCUGGCCUGGCUCCCUCUCCCUCGCCCUCACCAGCAGCCUGCAGACGGGACACUGCAGACUGCAGCAGAGUGGUCUGGAUAGCCUUGGUUCCUCUCUGGGCCCCGGGCUCCAGGAGCGAAAGGCUGAAGGCUGCAGGCUGCUUCCGAGACCAAGGCCCCGGGCACUGUUUCAGGCUCCUGCGUCCCACCCUCAAUGGAGGGGCCGCUCAUCAAGCCCUCCACUCCCCGGGUGCCACCCGCACUGGACAAAGACCACCAGCACCUUAUCCUGACCCGGCU